AUGGAGCCGGCGCACAAGGAGGCCGAGCGGGCGGCGGCGCCCCGGGCGGCGGGCAGCGGGGUGGUGGUGCAGGUCCGCGAGAAGAAGGGCCCCCUGCGCGCCGCCAUCCCCUGCCUGCCCUUCCCGCUGGCCGUGCUCUGCCUCUUCCUCAACACCUUCGUGCCGGGGCUCGGGACCUUCGUCUCGGCCUUCGCCGUGCUGUGCGGGGCCCGCACCGACCUCCCCGACAGGCACGUGUGCUGCGUCUUCUGGCUCAACAUCGCGGCCGCCCUCAUCCAGAUCCUCACGGCCAUCGUCAUGGUGGGCUGGAUCAUGAGCAUCUUCUGGGGCAUGGACAUGGUCAUCCUGGCCAGCUACAAGGAGCAGGGCAUCCCUCAGCAGCUGUGA